GCCCCCACCCUGUCAUGUCUCAACUCACAAGAACUGUCAUGAACUCACAAGAUUCCUGAAAAUCCGAACUCGGCUUAUAACUUAAAGCUGACAGCUGACAUAGAGGGCUUGAUGACUCGUCCAAGAUUGAGCUUCUCCAUGAGCUGGUAGAUGGAAUUUGUGAGAGACGAUGUGUAAGGUAUCAGGACUACAUGAAGACAUGGGAUUUGCAGGACUGGUGGGAUGUCAGUGACACAUGCCAGAGUUUUAUUAAACAAGCUAUAAAGCAUGGCUGGACCAAAGAUAAGAUAGAAAACAGUGUGAGUGAAUUAUCAAAAGAUCAGAAACAAAUACUGACAGAAGUGAUCCUGUCAAGAUCAGAUGAACUGCGUGAACAUCUCAGAUCCAAAACCACACAGAUAUCAAAUGCCUCUCUGCAGGACUUUGACUGGCAAAUGAAGUUGGCUAUGUCCAGUGACAAGCUGGCCACAGUUCAGGAGCCCCUUCUUGUUGUGGAUCUGAACAUUAGAGAGAGCGAAAAGAAGAAGGCUGUGUCUUUAGAAAUGAACAAAUUAGAGCUUGAGAAGAUGAUAACAAGUUUCGAAGCAGCAAAUAAGGUGGUGCAACAGUUGAAGUCCUGACAUCUGCUUCAGAUUGUGUAAACUCUUCAUGCCUGUAGAAUGUGCAUAGCUUAGACAUAGAUCAAAUAAAAUUGACUUGCCAUAAUUUCGACAAAAUAAACCUAAUCAGUCGAAAAUUAGGACUAAAAUUUCUUCGUGCAUUCCACAAAAACAGAAAGUGAGUGUAGCAAAUCUGUAUUUUUAUGUUAGUAAUGUGUAUAAAUGUAGUGUUUUCAUAUUAGUAGUCUUGAUACCUUACACUUUCAUGCUGGAAAGAAAACACAAAAAUAAAGAUGAAAAUGAGAGCUCUUGAUGGUUUUUGUUGGUUUGG